CCAAGUCCAAGCCCUCAAAAUGGAAGAAGCCCAAAGCCAAAGCAUAGAAGAAGACUUCGAAGGACAGGCCACACACACAGGACCCAAAGGAGUAAUACAUGAUUGGAGAAAGUUUAAAUUAGAAAGUGAAGAUAGUGAUUCAAUUCCACCCAGCAAGAAGGAGGUCCUCAGACAAAUGUCUUCUCCUCAGAGCCGAGAUGACAAAGACUCCAGAGACAGAGUCAGCAGGAAGAUGAGCAUUCAGGAAUAUGAACUAAUUCAUCAAGACAAAGAAGAUGAAGACUGCCUUCGCAAAUACCGUAGACAGUGCAUGCAGGAUAUGCAUCAGAAGCUGAGCUUCGGGCCUAGAUAUGGCUUUGUGUAUGAGCUGGAAACAGGGGAGCAGUUCCUGGAGGCCAUUGAAAAGGAGCAGAAGGUCACCACAAUCGUCGUCAACAUUUAUGAAGACGGUGUCAAGGGCUGCGAUGCACUCAACAGCAGCUUAGAGUGCCUUGCAUCAGAGUACCCAAUGGUUAAAUUCUGUAAAAUAAAAGCUUCUAAUACGGGAGCUGGGGACCGCUUUUCAUCAGAGGUACUCCCUACCCUGCUUGUAUACAAAGGUGGGGAACUCAUAAGCAAUUUCAUUAGUGUUGCCGAACAGUUUGCUGAAGAAUUUUUUGCUGGGGAUGUGGAGUCUUUCCUAAAUGAAUAUGGAUUACUACCAGAAAGAGAGGUGCUUGACCCAGAGCAGACCAACAUGGAAGACGAAGACAUGGAGUAAUUGUACACUAUGUCGGCAUCUCAGGGCUAGCCUUUACACAGUGAAUGCUAACUUUUGGUAGUAUCUAUAUUCCUUUAGCAAACACUAAAUGUGGCCAUGGCUAUUCAAAUUUGCGGUGGAAAUACACUAAAAUCAUGUAAAUAGCAUUUUUAGUACUAGCUGUAUAAACUGAGAUAAUAUUUUACUGCAGAAACAUUAGGGUUCUUAGCAAAUAAUUAGUGAACAAAGGAGAUGGAUAACGUCAACAUUACAUCAUUUUAAAAAUCCCUUUCAAGUUAUGUGUUAGCUUUUUUACUCCUCAUUUUUCCCUUGGCAUUUUUAUUUGGGCUUUUGAAACUGACUAUUCUUAUGAAUUGGCUUGUAUAAUAAGAAUAAAAGCCUAUGAAGAA